AUGGUCGCUAAGCCGCACACCAAGUCCACCAAGAGAACUCUUCGCAAGAAGAAGGUGCAUCUCAAGUUCAACGUUGAGUGCAAAAAAACCCAGUCGAGGACGGAAUUCUCAGAAUUGAGGAUCUCGUAAGUUUUUUUGGCUUCCCGAAAAAGCCGAAUCUAGUCGAUAGAGCUCCGUCUCUAUCGCAACGACCAGGCUUAGGGUAUUUUUGGUCCCUAGUAAGUCCUGGUUGCUUUCAGGAGGCCUUCUUGAACGAGAAGAUCAAGGUCAACGGAAAGACCGGACACUUGGCCGCCAACAACGUCAAGGUCGAGGUUGCCAAGACCAAGGUCUCGGUCAUCUCUGAGGUCCCAUUCUCCAAGAGGUUUGUUGUUCUUUUUGCUACCGACCUUCAUUUCCGUGUUUUUCAGAUACCUCAAGUACCUCACCAAGAAGUACCUGAAGAGAAACUCUCUCCGUGACUGGCUCCGUGUGGUUGCUGUCAACAAGAACACCUACGAGGUCAGAUACUUCCACAUCAACGACGGAGAGGACGCUGGAAGCGACCACGAGUAA